AUGAAGAACACAGGAAACAGUGACAUUGACAUUGAGGUGCAAGCGUACAUUGAUGAAGUCAAAUCAACAACCAGUGUGUCGGAGUCACGCAUGAAAAAAAUCCAGGAUGAAAUGCAGAAAGAUGCAGAUCUACAGCUGCUGCUGAUUUUAAUUCCCAAAAAACUCAGAAGUGAAAUGCUGAAAAAGAUUCAUGUUGGAGACCUCGGGAUCGAGAAACAUGGCGUACCAGAGGAAGUGUUCGGAGACAACGGACCAUGUUAUGACAGCGCUGAAUUCAAACAGUUUUCGGAAGACUGGGGUUUCAGACAUACUACCUCAAGUCCAAGAUACCCCAAGUCCAACGGACUAGCCGAACGCACUGUACAGACAGUGAAGAACAUUAUUCGUAAAUCCAAGGAAAGCGGCGAAGAUCCUCAGUUAGGACUACUUGCUUAUCGAAGUACACCGAUGGAGAAUGGCUAUUCUCCAGCACAGAUGUUGAUGGGUAGAAGAAUUCGCACAAAUCUGCCUAUUCGUACAAACCUACUGGAAACAAACACCAGACAGAGAGUCGUCAAGAAGAAAGUGUUGUCGCAAAAGAAACAGAAACACUAUCAUGACCGUGGAACUAAGCAGCUUCCUGCUCUUGAACCCGGUUCCCGUGUUAGAGUGUUGAGCGACGAUGGAAAAAUCUGGCGCGAAAAAGGGGUAGUGAUCAGAGAAGUCGCAAACAGGUCGUUUAUGAUUCAGACUGACAGAGGGUCUGAUUUGCGGAGAAAUCGAUCGGUAUUGCUAAAGACCAACGAGCCUCUGCCAAGGCCAGAGGUGGAGAUGUCAACCCAGAAGUUGCAAGGGGAGACAACUCAGCAGCAGUCCGGUAUCCCAGUGGAAUCGUCUACACCCAAUACUGUUGGUGACAGCCAGCCUACCUGUAUCACCAGAACGGGUCGAGAGAUCAUAAUGCCACAGCAAUUGAUUGAAGCAUGA